AUGGCAGACCAAAGUUAUGAUGACCGAUACAAAGAAAUCCACUUGACCAACAGCACCAAGGCAAUGAGGGAGAAAUACCCCGACCUGUAUCCCAAGGGUAAUGCCAAUCAGUUUGAACACAAGUUCAAGGAAAAGGUUCGAGAAAACUUUUCGUAUCCUGCGCAGAAGACGGAGCGCAACAUGGAGAAAGGGGAUGCUGUCACCAAAGACAGUAACAAUGCGGCCAAAAACAGGGCCGAGAAUCAAAUCCAAGGAAGGGAUUUUGCAUACGCCAAGGACGAUCCGAAGCAUUGGACUUCUAGAUCUAGGUAG